CUAGAACAGCUGUGUUACGGUUUUAAAACGUAGCACUUCUCAGGUGUUAAACGACACACACACACGAGUGUUGAAGUGCCUUACAGUGUCGAAGAUGUUACACCACCCUGACUUAAACUGCCAAACUUGCACUACCAGACUACUCAGCAUAACACUUAUAUUUGGCCCACCAGAUGGUAUGUGUGAGUUGCGUGGAGUUGGCCUUCGAGAAAACGAGGGCUUAUUUGAAACAUCGCUGGUCUACGAGCCGCUAGUCUUGCGAGAUGUAUCGAGAGGCAAGCCAACAUUUUCAAGUAAACCCUAUUCAAGUAAAUUCCAUUCAUCCACUGCUGUUGAUGACGACGACAAGACAUUUUUUAGUAGCACCGAUGACUUACCUCAACCCUUUUGGGCAAUAGAUCUUAAAGGCCAGUACGAGAUUCACACGGUGGAUAUCUUACCGAUAUAUCACGCGACGGGGAGGUUCAACGACAUCGGGGUCUUCAUUGGUACAACUCUCCCGGCUGACGACGUCUACACCGCAUGGACUAUGCUGGCACACUACCAAGGACCUUACAAAAAAGAGGAAGGCCGCAUUAGUUUCACCUGCAGGAGUCUGAUCUCAGGCCGUUAUGUGGCUGUUCAGAGAGUGUCCAUAACGGGUCAGAAGUUGGAGCUCGCCGAUGUCAAGGUGUAUGUCACACCAAAACAUUGAACAAAAAUUGAGAGAACUUGGAAAAGAACUUGGAAAAAGAGCAUGGAACGACUAUGAGCAAUGGGGUGUGUGUUUGAUUUGCUCUGUAGCUGCGUGUAACAUUGUGUACUCUUAGCUACUAAUAUUAAUGUUUUUAUAAUAGUCUACUGAUAGUGUUUGUGUGUCAAGCAUAUGUAUGUAGAUACGCAUACACACAUACACAUGCAUGCGCACACAUAUACACAUACACACACACACACACAUACACACACACACACACACACACACACAUGUAUAUAUAUAUGAAAGGAAAACAGCCACAGUAAGAAAUGUAAUUUCAUUUCGUAUUGUGGCUACUUUUCUUUUAUCUUUGUGUACACGUUACUGUGUUUGUGUUUGUGUCAUAUAUAUAUAUAUGUGUGUGUGUGUGUGUGUGUGUGUUUGUGUGUAUACACAUUCUACACACACACACACACACACACACACACAUGGAAUGUAUAUAUACACACACACACAUAAAUAUAUGUAUACGUUAAUGGUAGCCUAUGGGUUUAACCACACAGGUAUUAUUGGUCCUUAAACAUCCUAAGAAGAUUCUAUAAGAUGUCUGCUGACGCCAGCAUGAUGUUAAGCCAAAAAACAAAGAUUCAUUGCAUUUUCACUCAAUAAAGUCUUUUCAAUUAGUCUAGCCAAUGCAUUAGCAGAGUUACCAGUGACCGUCCUUCUUGAGAUUGUACGAGAUAUGAGAAAUGUGUUAAGUGAAGUUCAAAGGUUUAAGAUGGAAGCAUCGAACCAAAAAGGCAGUGACCGAGUGAGGAUUAUGGAUGAAUAAAUUUAUUUACUCAUUAUUUCGGAAUAUUAUUGCUUAAGGAAGGUAAACGUCGUUUGAAUCUGCAAUCGUGUUGUUGAUCAUGACAUUAAAAAGGCAAGACAAGUAAGACAAGAUCAAAAUUUGUUUAAUGAAAUACGUGAGUAAAUAUUAGAAAGAAAUGUCUGAUAAUAUGUUAUCGAAAACAUGGUUGGAUUUUUUCAGAGAGCAGAUAUGUUUUUAGCUUGCAAAAUUAUGUGUUUAGAUUUUCAUGUUUUUUUUUAUGAGUAGUUUUUAAACUGCCCUAAUGGCUGAUAAUAAAUAAGAUAAGACAUUUUGAAAAUCUGUCCUCCAACAUUGUUUUUUUGAUACUCGUAUUCUUUCUCUUCUGUAAAAUCGUCGUUCAUUAACCCAUUCACGUAUCCGUGCCAUGCCCACUGUGAGUUUACUUGUUUAAUUGCUUUUACACAUAGAUGGCUACACUUGUACUAAAUCACCAAUGAGCCAGAUACGAUUACUGCCUGUCUCGCCCGUUUAUCCGUUUCUUUAAUUUACGAAAAUAUUUUACGUUAUCUUAUUUUGCUAUUACUAAUGUUUAUAGCUUUGUAGGAAUUAUAAUGUUUAUAAUAAAAAUAACACCAUCGAUAGUCAAGUAAAAAAAAAAAACACAUAUUUCCGCCAAUUCAAGGAAAGGUGAAAUCAGGUAAAGCAGAGCAUCUAUGUAUAGAGACAUUAAAAAAAAGAUUAAAAAAAAAUAAAAAAUAAA